UGUGUGCGUUUUUCCAGCUGUGAUAAGCGACGAUCGCACACUUGCUCUGAAUAAACUAUACUUUUUAUUUAUUCUUACAUAUAAUUCUAGUAAUAAUGUACGCCAGACUGCUCCGAAACUUGGGCGCAAAUGCCAGGUGCUUUGCAACAGAAGCCAGCCCAAAAGUUCGGCCUAUCAGCAAGAUCCUUAUUUCAAAUCGUGGUGAGAUCGCAUGCAGGGUGAUUCGAACAGCACGUAAGCUGGGAGUUCGUACCGUGGCCGUGUUUUCGGAUCCGGACGAGAAGAGCAUGCACACGCAGCUGGCGGACGAGGCGUACCGCGUGGGGGAAGCUGCAUCCUCUGCUUCUUAUCUUCGCGGUGAACGCAUCCUGGACAUAGCCAAGCGGUCGGGCGCCCAGGCCAUCCACCCAGGCUACGGUUUCCUCUCCGAGUCCGUCGAGUUUGCCGAGUUGUGCCAGCGUGAGGGCAUCAUCUUCAUGGGUCCGCCUAGUUCCGCCAUCCGGGACAUGGGCAUUAAGAGCACCAGCAAGGCCAUAAUGGCCGCUGCAGGGGUGCCGAUCAUCAAUGGGUACCAUGGCGAUGAUCAGUCAGAUGAGUGCUUGCAGCGAGAAGCCGACAUCAUUGGCUUUCCCUUGAUGAUUAAAGCCGUCCGCGGCGGCGGAGGCAAGGGCAUGAGAAUCGCAGAAAAACCGGACGACUUCCUCACCGCUCUGAACUCAGCUCGGACCGAGUCCGAGAAGUCGUUUGGCGACAGCUCCGUGCUUCUGGAGCGGUACGUCCGAUCUCCUCGCCACGUAGAGGUUCAAGUAUUUGCGGAUCAGUAUGGUGAUGCUGUCUAUCUGUGGGAAAGAGAUUGCUCCGUGCAAAGACGUCAUCAAAAGAUUAUUGAAGAGGCGCCAGCUCCAGGUUUGUCGGAAGAUUUGCGUCGUGAGCUGGGCGAGGCUGCUGUUCGUGCAGCGAAAGCUGUGGGCUACGUAGGAGCUGGCACCGUGGAGUUCAUUCUAGACAAAGAAGACCUCUCUUUUCACUUCAUGGAAAUGAAUACCCGCCUGCAGGUGGAGCAUCCUAUAACGGAAAUGAUCACGGGCACCGAUUUGGUUGAAUGGCAGAUUCGCAUUGCCGCCGGUGAGCCAUUACCCCUAAAGCAAUCUGAGAUUACGCGGCGUGGCCACGCAUUUGAAGCUCGCAUCUAUGCGGAAAAUCCUCGCGGAGGCUUUCUGCCCGGAGCCGGACCUCUCCGAUAUUUGUCUACUCCCCAACCAUCAAACAACGUUCGCGUGGAGACGGGUGUCCGAGAAGGAGAUGAGGUGUCUGUGCACUACGACCCCAUGAUUGCCAAGCUAGUCGUUUGGGGCGAAAACCGCACGCAAGCGCUUAACUCUUUGGUUGCCCGCCUGGGUGAAUAUCAUAUAUCUGGUCUGGACACUAACAUUAAUUUCCUCAUCGACCUUGCGUCGCAUCCAGAGUUUCAGCUGGCCAAUGUGCACACUGGCUUUAUCGAUGAGCAGUUCGAUACGCUAUUUCCGCCAAUUGUCAUCAGUCCGCAGCAAGUCAGUCAAGCUGCUUUGGCGCUAGUCUUGAACGAGUUGCAGGCAGCCUUUAGGAAUGGAAACAAAGAUUUUGAUCCAUUCGCCGCCACCCCUAACGCUCGUCUUAACUACUCUUUGGUUCGCAGAUAUCACUUGAAAGCCAAUGAGAAGGUCUAUUCUGUGGCUGUCAAGUUUGAUGGCGAGGAUAUUCAAAUUCAGGUGGAUAAUGGCGACUGGCAGGUGGCAAAGGUCGAACGAGUUCAGGAUGAAAGUCGUCUAAAAAUUCGUGCCAACAUCAAUAGCAACAUCACCACAUAUAAUGCUAGUAUUGAUGGCACUAGUGUGUCUUUGUUUUUGGAAAGUGGCAAGGUCGAUUUUGAGGUAGGACAGCCGAAAUUCUUAAGUGCCCAGGGCGAUCAAUUGGGUGCAGUUGGUUCUCGCAUAGUGGCUCCCAUGCCCGGGAUUUUAGAGAAGGUGCUGGUAAAGCCCGGUGACCAGGUCAAGAAAGGGGAAAACUUGGCAGUGCUUAUUGCCAUGAAAAUGGAACAUAUUCUAAAAGCUCCCAAGGACGCCACCAUCAAGUCUAUUGGUGGAGCCGAGGGCGAUAACGUUGCUAAGGGAGCGGCCGUGAUUACAUUCGUCGACGAGGAAGUAGAAAAGUAACGGAAUAUGUUUCGAAACGUACCAGACAGUUGUUGCAUUUACAAACAAGUUUAUAUUCUAAAUAUUGAACAGCCUGGUUUUGGUUCAGGGACCACGAAGUGCAUUUAUUAUCGUUAAGUAAAAAAGUGUCCAUAUAAUGGAAUUUUGUUAUCUUUAACCCAUUAAACGUCUAAAUCUGUUAA